UCUCCUUCUCUGUGAUUGGCCGCCUGCUCUGCGGGCCUCCCUGAUUGGCCGCCCGCCCGUGUCACGUGACGCCGGCACAGGGCCUAAUAGUCGGGCUGGGAAAACAAGUUUGCAGACUUGUGUUGAUGAGCUCGCAGCGCGCAGGAACUCACGCAACGCAACGCAGCUUUUUCGCCCUUUUUCCCCCCUGCGGGUUGUCCAUCAAUUCCCGGGAAAGGGUCAGGUUUUUUUUCUCUUUUUUUUUUCUCCUCCUCCACUUUUCGGUGAACUUUUUACCCGCUUUUUGACUUUUUUUUUUCCUUCCCCCCCCCUCCGCGAGAAUGUACAGCAUGAUGGAGACCGAGCUCAAGUCCCCUCUCCCGCCGCAGCCCAACUCGGGCCCCGGGGGCCCGGGCUCCAAGGGGGGCGGCGGCGUGAGCGACCAGGAGCGGGUCAAGCGGCCCAUGAACGCCUUCAUGGUGUGGUCCCGCGGCCAGCGGCGCAAGAUGGCGCAGGAGAACCCCAAGAUGCACAACUCGGAGAUCAGCAAGCGGCUGGGCGCCGACUGGAAGCUGCUGACGGACGCCGAGAAGCGGCCCUUCAUCGACGAGGCCAAGCGGCUGCGCGCCAUGCACAUGAAGGAGCACCCGGACUACAAGUACCGCCCGCGCCGGAAGACCAAGACCUUGCUGAAGAAGGACAAGUACUCGCUGCCGGGCGGGCUGCUGGCCCCCGGCGGCAACGCGGGGCCCAACCCGGUGCAGGUGGGCCAGAGGAUGGACAGCUACGCGCACAUGAACGGCUGGAGCAACUACUCGCUGAUGCAGGAGCAGCUGGCCUACCCGCAGCAUCACGGCAUGAGCGGCCCCCAGAUCCAGCAGAUGCACCGCUACGAGAUGGCCGGCCUCCAGUACCCCAUGAUGUCCACGGCGCAGACCUACAUGAACGCGGCCUCCACGUACAGCAUGUCCCCGGCGGCGUACACGCAGCAGGCCGUCGCCGUCAGCGCCGCGGGCGGUGGAGGCGCAGGGGCGGGUGGUGGCGGCGGCGGCGGCGGUGGCGGCCCCGGGCACAUUAUGGGCCUGGGCUCCAUGUGCAAGACCGAGCCCAGCUCGCCGCCGCCCGCCAUCACGUCGCACUGCCAGCGGGCCAGCCUGGGGGACCUGAGGGACAUGAUCAGCAUGUACCUGCCCCCCGGCGGGGACAGCGCGGAGCACUCGGCCCUGCAAGGGAGCCGGUUACACAGCGUGCACCCGCACUACCAGAGCGCGGGGACGGGCGUCAACGGGACCCUACCUCUCACCCACAUCUAAAAAAAUAAAAAAAAAGACUUUUCAAAAUAAAAUAAAAAUAAAAAGUACUUGGAUACUUGAACUUGGUUGCUGUAAAGAAUUCCCACAAUAUCGCAAUAUUUCUUUCUCCUUGCUCGGGACUGAAGACUGAAGUUCGAGUCCGGCAGAGUUAAAAAAAAAAAAGAAGAAAAAAAGGCAGUUGUGUUAUUGUGAGGAUGAGUUGAAGCAAUCAAAUUGGACUCCUACAUAUUAAAUAUUGCCAUGUUUUCCUCUGUUGUGAAAAAGGGGCAAGAGGCUGUUUAUUUCACAAUUCACGUUUACACUUCAUUUGUGUAAAGGCGAAGGGUAAAAUUGGACUCCUACAUAUUAAAUAUUGCCAUGUUUUUCUCUGUUGUGAAAAAGGGGCAAGAGGCUGUUUAUUUCACAAUCCACGUUUACACUUCAUUUGUGUAAAGGCGAAGGGUAAAAUUGGACUCCGUUGUGAAAAAGGGGCAAGAGGCUGUUUAUUUCACAAUUCACGUUUACACUUCAUUUGUGUAAAGACGAAGGGUAAAAUUGGACUCCUGCAUAUUAAAUAUUGCCAUCUUUUCCUCCGUUGUGAAAAAGGGGCAAGGGGCUGUUUAUUUCACAAUUCACGUUUACACUUCAUUUGUGUAAAGGCGAAGGGUAAAAUUAGACUCCUACAUAUUAAAUAUUGCCAUGUUUCCUCCGUUGUGAAAAAGGGGCAAGAGGCUGUUUAUUUCACAAUUCACGUUUACACUUCAUUUGUGUAAAGGCGAAGGGUAAAAUUGGACUCCUACAUAUUAAAUAUUGCCAUGUUUUCCUCUGUUGUGAAAAAGGGGCAAGAGGCUGUUUAUUUCACAAUCCACGUUUACACUUAAUUUGUGUAAAGGCGAAAGGUCAAAUUGGACUCCUGCUUAUUAAAUAUUGCCAUGUUUUCCUCUGUUGUGAAAAAGGGCAAGUGCAGGCCUCGUGAAGAGGCUGUUUUAUUUCAGAAAAAAACCCAACACAAUUCAUGUUUACACUUCAUUUGUGUAAAGGCGAAGGGUAAAAUCAGACUUCUGCAUAUUAAGUAAUGCCAUGUUUUCCUCUGUGUGAAAAGGGCAAGUGCAGGCCUCGUGAAGAGGCUUGUUUAUUUCACAAUUCAUGUUUACACUUCAUUUGUAGAAACUUGUAGACCCUCUUUCCUCCUCCUCCAUCGCCCUUUCUUGUCUCUUAUAGCUCGACAUGACAUGUUAAGACUGUGCGGGUCGCAAACGCAAGUUUUAUUUAUAGUUUCCCUUCCUUUCUUUAUAGCUUGAGAUCGCAAUGUUUUUUGUUUUGUUUUGUUUUUUGUCAAGUGGAGGGGAAAAACAUUUUGUUUUGUACAAUUCUGUGCUGUUUUUAUGUUGUCGUCGUCAUUGUUUUUCGCCAGUGUCACAUUUACCCAUUCUUCUGAGCUGGAAAGAAAAAGGUUUUAUUUAAACUGACCAUAUUUUAAGACCAUCCUCUAUUCUUAAAUGCUGAAUAAAUUUGUAAGAAAGUAUGAACUCAGACUCUUGUCUUUUAUUUUGAAAACGUGUUGUGAGAGUAUAUAGUUGUCAUUGCUAUUGUUGUUCUGUUGUUAUUGCGUCGUAAUCUGCUGUCUUAUACUAUAAUUAUAUCUCUUAACAAUAUUGCCAUGUGCAAUAA